UCCCAUGCAUGCAUCGGAAUGGUAAGAAGAGAAUGCGCAUGGAUGCCCCGGAUACGAUGUGGAGCAGUUGAAGUUGAUGAAGAAACUAUUGGCCACAAAGCGUCCACAUUUAAACGUGUGUCUCGUAAAUUAAAGUGCAAAUAGGUCUCCACUGAGUCUUUGCUUUGUUGGGGGCAGACCAGACUCACUGACUGAUGGAAAUAGAGAAGAGGAAAAAGGGGAAAUCUCUUCGCUCAAGCAGAAGCACCACGAACUGGCGGGGCAACAUUUAACGUCUUUUUUUCCGGGUGAUAUGUAGGGCUUUUUUUCUAUUCUUUUAUUUUGUUUUUUGUUUGUUUGUUUGUUUGUUUUCGUUGAUCGGUGGACUAUGUAGUUAGUGUUUGCACUUGCGAGUAGUAUGCUAUUGACUCCGAUAUGUCUAAUGUGACGCCGAGUAAAAGCGUGGAAUGGCUGCAACUCGAGUUAGAGUCCGGGGGCACUUCUCUCCUCCUGCUGGACUGCCGUUCACAUGAGCUUUAUGAAUCAUCCCAUAUAGAGACCGCCAUAAACCUGGCCAUUCCGGGGCUGAUGCUCCGGAGGUUCAGAAAGGGAAACAUACCUAUCCGGGCUAUCAUUCCCAACCACGAGGAUAAGGAGAAGUUCAUGAGACGGUGCAAGACGGACACGGUCCUUCUGUACGAUGAGUGCUCCGUGGGCUGGCAGGACAGCGGGACUCCGACGUCGGUUCUGGGUCUGCUUCUUCAGAAACUGUGGGAAGACGGCUGUACAGCGUAUUAUCUGGAAGGUGGGUUUGUAAAGUUCCACACGGAGUACCCAGAGCACUGUGAGACCCUCUUGGACAGCUCCUGUCCCAGCUCCUCACCACCAGUGUCUGUUCUGGGCUUCGGAAAUCUCAGAAUCAGCUCCGAUUGUUCCGACGGGGAGUCUGAUCGCGAGCCUACCAGUGCCACAGAGUCCGAGGAGAGCCCCAUUCCGAGUAAUCAGCCUGCCUUCCCUGUCCAAAUCCUACCCUACCUUUAUCUGGGCUGUGCCAAAGACUCCACUAACCUAGAUGUGCUGGGCCAGUACAACAUCAAGUACAUCUUGAAUGUCACACCCAAUCUCCCCAACAUGUUUGAGCAUGAUGGACACUUCAGGUACAAACAGAUCCCCAUUUCGGACCACUGGAGUCAGAACCUGUCCCAGUUCUUUCCAGAGGCAAUAUCAUUUAUAGACGAGGCUAGGUCAAAGCAAUGUGGCAUCCUGGUCCACUGCCUGGCCGGCAUCAGCCGCUCAGUCACCGUCACUGUGGCCUACCUGAUGCAGAGACUCCACCUCUCUCUGAAUGAUGCUUACGACUUUGUCAAGAGGAAGAAGUCUAACAUUUCGCCAAACUUCAACUUCAUGGGUCAGCUCUUGGACUUUGAGAGAACUCUGGGGCUGCACAGUCCCUGUGACAACUGUUCUACCAACCAGGAGCAGCUCUUUUUCACCACACCAACCAAUCACAAUGUCUUUCAGCUAGAUACGCUGGAGUCGACAUGAGAUGUGAUAGAACAGCCUUUUUUUGGUGGUUUCCUGAGGUGACUCUGAGGUUUCUGAGCCUUUCAGAUGGCUGAUAUUUAUAGUACGUCAGUUACAGUUUUUCUGCACCAAAAGGAACUACUCCUAUAUGCAGAAAACAUACUCUGUUAGAUCCAGUCUCAAUGCCUUAAUAUCUAACACAGUGAUGACUUUUGGUAUGUGACAUACAUGGUAUUAAUGAAUGGUCAUGUACAGCCAUAAUAACAGGACAUUUCUCUAGCAUUGCUCUUUGACUGUUAUUUGCUAUUCACCAGCUGUACAAUGGAUGUUCCUGUAUUUGUAUCAGUCGUCAAUAUUGCCUUGAUGGUCUAAAAAAAAGUCUUUGGCCAAUUAGAAUGUUUUCUUUGAACCGAUAUGAGAUAUUUUGGGGGGUUACCUAAGCUGAUGGGGGGGGGAAAUGGCUACUGCGGCAAUCCCACCUUGAAUUACUGUCCAGUUUUUCUUAUAUAAGUAUUUAAAUACAUUAUAAAUAUUUUCUUCUUCCACUUUCACAAAUUUCUGCUAAACAUUAUUAGACUUUACACGUAAGUUCUGGCAGCCUGUUCUGUGUAUAUAUAUAUUUUAACUGUGAUAUUUUUUAUCGCAAAAUAUCAAAGUUUGAAUAUGUUAUCCUUCAAAAACGCUCCCUGUACGUCUUGUUGCUCAAAGCUGCAUUAUUUGCAUGGGACUUUGUUCUAUCAAGGUUUUUUCUUGUAACCUUUACAUCAUAUAACCUGUUGUUGGUGAGGCCUUGACCAUACCUUAACAUGAAAUUAUAGGUAUAACGUGUAGGAGUAUCCUUUUAGUCAGUUGAAAGGAACAAGUAUGUAAGUAUUCAGUUUAUGAACAAGUACACGUCCACCUUGUUUUUUAAUCCAACCUUCUUCAGUCUGCAGCUACUUCUGACGAAAACGUAAUGUUUCGAGAAAGAUGACGUGUAAUUAGCUGUGCUUUGUCGCCCGUCUCAUCUCAGAACAAAUGAAUGAGUUUGAUGAAUGAAAGGGCAUAAAAGGAAAUGAGAUUGACCAGUGUAUUCUUACCUCACAGUGAGACAUUUUCAGGGAUUUUUAUACAAGGCGUCUGUAUCUCAUCAUGGCCUCUUAAAGUGCUCCCAAGGGCUGUUUUGUUUGGUAUGUUUAUAAAGAUGUACAUAAAAUGUGGUUGCCAUGGGAACAUUUUUUUUUUUAAAUCAACAAGAAUAUGAAAGUGACCCUUGUUGGACCCUUAUGUAUAGUAUGUGUAAAGCUAAAUGUCCAAGACAUUCUGUAAAAGUUUAUAGUUCAAAUA